ACAAUGACCAAAAUCGCACGUUAUUUUGCCAACAUGGAUCCAAGUCUAAUUACCAAAAAUAUGAGACUUGUUUUAGAAAUCAAUAAAAUACCUACAUAGAGCGACUGGAGAGACAGACCAGGGGAGUGGGUGAUGCAAAUACUCGUGCUUCCGGUGACUCCAUUUCCUUCGAGCGAGCCGACGAUCGAUCACUGAGGACUCUGAGUGUUCCUCUGUCUCCGGCAGCCGACAACAAUCUGAAAGCCCACGUUCUUUAACUGGAAAUAUGGAAAGCCUUAGAAAUUUGAAAAUCAAGACCAGUACUUGCAAACGCAUUGUAAAGGAGUUGCAUUCCUAUGAGAAAGAAGUUGAGAGAGAAGCUGCCAAGACAGCAAACAUGAAGGAGAAAGGAGCUGAUCCUUAUGACCUUAAGCAACAGGAAAAUGUGUUGGCUGAAUCAAGGAUGAUGAUUCCUGAUUGCCAGAAGCGCCUAGAGGCCUCGUUAGAUGAACUCAAAAGAACUUUGGCUGAGUUGGAGGAUGAAAACCAGUGUCCAGAAUUUGAUGAUGCUCGAAGCACCAUAGCAGAAGUUGAGCAAGUGUUUCAUAAAACACAGGUCUGGUGUCCCAAAAUUCUGUUUGUGUUUGCUGAGGUGUUUGAAAUAAUCAUGCUGAUACAAGCCAUAUUUGUCUGUUGCAAUGAAUAUUGUUCCAUCCAUGCGGAUCAAUGGAUCCACAAUUUCUAUUGCAAAUAUAAUUUUAGGGAGCACUCUAUAGUUCCUUGAACUGUUGCAUUCUGCUUAAUGAUAUGAUCAAUUCCAGGCUGAGUCAGAGAAUGCGGAUCAGAAAUAAGUUCCAGACAUCGAUCAAGCUUGAAUCCCUAUGGUGAAAACCCAGUUUGUGUUUUGACCAGCAACAGAUGUCUAGCAUGAUCGCCAGUGUCAACCAUGUUAUUUUAGGUGUCUUGACUCUAUAUAUCGGCAUGGACUUUGUAAUGUUUGCUUUCUGAACCGCUGCUCUGGUCGGUAUGGAGCUCUUGCUGCACCAACUUAUGUUGUUCUUUUCCUUCUCCCUUUCCCUGCUACUCCUGAAAAACAGACACCAGUUUUUUGUUCCCUGUUUGUAUCGCCACAGAUUUUCAAGAUAUCAGCUUUCAAUUAUAUUUUUUGAACUA